AUGAGGAUCCCCAAUGAGCGACUGUUUCGAAAAACAUUCAACGGACCAUCGUCCAGAUUGCUUCAAUUUGGUAAAAGCAAAUCUCCCAAGCUGUCAUUCACCGAGAAUUUCCGAGAAUACUGCUUGAAUACCACCAUCCACGGGCUGAAGUAUGUAGGAACAAUCAGUCUCUCCAUUAUGGAAAGAUCUUUCUUCUCCAUCUCAUUCAUCCUGGUAGCGGCCUUGUCGAUAUACUUCAUCACCAACGUCUACCAGAAAUGGCAAUCAUCGCCAAUCAUCAUCGGCCUAAGCCCGACAGCGACCCACAUCAAGGAAAUUUCUUUUCCGGCCGUCACCAUUUGCAACAUGAAUCAAGCCACUCGAUCGGCAGCCGAAGUAAUAGAGCACAACUCUGUCGAGGAAGCAGUCCUGAACAGUAUCUGCUCCCUGGAUGGCGAAUACAAUCUGACCAACUACGAAGGUAAAUGGUCCACGGUGCGUACAAUGUUAUUUCACGUAACCCAACCAUGUCGCGUAAUGGUGAAAGCGUGCCGCUAUGCCCAGAAGGUUCACAAAUGCGAACACAUGUUCCGAUCGGUAUUGACCGACGAAGGCCUGUGCUGCACGUUCAACAGCGUUGAUCAGGCCUUUCUACUAUGGAACAAAGAUAUCGCGGCGGUACAAGGCGAUAUGCCGGAUAAUCCUUUCCAACCAAUCGAAUGGACACCGGAGGGAGGAUUUGUGGGGGAACAGACCAACGUGACAUUCCCGAGGGCCAUCGCCGGAACCGGCGCCAAUAUGGGUCUUACAGUUGUUCUGGACGCCAACGUUCAGGAGUACUUUUGCUCAUCGACCAGUUCGUACGGUUUCAAGCUGAUGCUGCACAAUCCGAUGGAAACACCCAAAAUGGCUGAGUUCGCUCACUACAUCCAAGUCGGGACGGAAAAUCGGAUCAUCGUUACCCCUAUACUAAGCGAUGCAUCCUAUCUGAUCCGGAAGGCAUCCCAAGCGCAAAGACAGUGUGUGUUUGCCAACGAGGCGAAUCUUUCGUACUUCCGGACAUAUUCCAGAAACAACUGCGAAAUGGAAUGCGAAGCGCGUUUGAUUCAGGAAAACUGUGGUUGCGUACUCUACUACAUGCCAAAGUUGAAGGAGGACACUAAAAUCUGCAGUAAGGGCGAUGCUGCAUGUUAUGAGAAAAUUCGAUCAUCGAUUGCACUUACGGCGAACACUACGUUGAUCUGCAGUUGCUUGCCGGGAUGUUCGGAGAUUGCCUACACAAUGGAUCUUUCAACGGCCGAUCUGUGCGUUGGUAGAUUCAAAGUUCGCGAAAGUCUACUGGAUGUCAACGAAUCGUAUGCUAGAGAAAACAUCGCCCUGGUGUACAUCUUCUUCUCGGAGAUGUACUUCAGGAGUUUCACCAAAGGCGAGCUGAUCGGUUUCACCGACUUCCUGUCCAACAUCGGCGGCCUUUUGGGACUAUUCAUGGGUUUUUCGCUUAUUUCAGUAGCCGAAGUGUUUUACUUCGUAACACUUCGACCACUGUUUGCGAAGCGCAAAGAAAUUCAACAUCGCACCAAUCAAGAGGCACCGGUUCGCGAUCGACAGUUCAACACUGUCUACAACAACGUGUUUCAGAUUCCGCAAAAAGUGACGCAACAACAUCACGUGCACUUUGCCGACAACGAUCAAAACGAGGUAAAUCAGGUCCGGAAUCUGCCGAAGCAGUUGAAAGUACUGAUCAGUUCUCGAGUUCAGCAGAUAACGGGUUGGGUGGAGAACGCCUUCAGACUGCGCAGGAAGACCGCAAAUCGCACGAGAAAAAUCUCGACCUUGCCGUUCUACGAAUGA